AAUAAUAACAUAAGUUAAUUUAAACAAAAAAAAAUAUCUUAUCAAAUAUGUAUUUAUAGUGUUUUCAUGUCCUCGGAGACCAAAUAUAGGACGUGAAGGCAGGCCAAUUGUCUUAAGAGCUAAUCACUUCCAAAUAACAAUGCCACGUGGUUAUGUGCAUCAUUAUGAUAUUAAUAUUCAACCUGAUAAAUGUCCUCGUAAAGUUAAUAGAGAAAUAAUAGAAACAAUGGUUCAUGCAUAUACCAAAAUAUUUGGAACUCUUAAGCCUGUAUUUGAUGGAAGAAAUAAUUUAUAUACAAGGGACCCCUUACCUAUUGGUACUGAUAAAAUAGAAUUAGAAGUAACACUGCCUGGUGAGGGUAAAGAUAGAGUUUUCAGAGUUGUGAUAAAGUGGUUGGCUCAAGUUUCACUAUUUGCAUUAGAAGAAGCUUUAGAAGGACGAACAAGACAAAUUCCAUAUGAUGCUAUACUUGCUUUAGAUGUUGUAAUGAGGCAUUUACCAUCUAUGACAUAUACUCCAGUAGGUAGAUCAUUCUUUAGUACACCAGAUGGAUAUUAUCAUCCAUUAGGCGGUGGAAGAGAAGUUUGGUUUGGUUUUCAUCAAUCAGUUAGGCCAUCUCAAUGGAAAAUGAUGUUAAAUAUUGAUGUAUCUGCAACUGCAUUUUAUAAAGCACAACCUGUCAUAGAAUUUAUGUGUGAAGUAUUAGAUAUUCGAGACAUAGGAGACCAAAAAAGACCUUUAACAGAUUCUCAACGAGUUAAAUUUACCAAAGAAAUUAAAGGACUAAAAAUUGAAAUCACACAUUGUGGAACAAUGAGGCGAAAAUACAGAGUGUGUAAUGUUACACGUAAACCUGCUCAAAUGCAAUCAUUCCCGUUACAAUUAGAAAAUGGACAAACAGUUGAAUGUACAGUUGCAAAAUAUUUCUUAGAUAAGUAUAAAAUGAAGUUACGUCAUCCAUAUCUUCCAUGUCUUCAAGUUGGACAGGAACAUAAACAUACAUAUUUGCCACUUGAGGUCUGUAAUAUUGUUGCUGGGCAACGUUGUAUCAAAAAAUUGACUGAUAUGCAGACUUCUACUAUGAUAAAAGCUACAGCUCGUUCUGCUCCAGAUCGCGAAAGAGAAAUAAAUAAUUUAGUUAGAAGAGCUGAUUUUAAUAAUGAUUCAUAUGUUCAAGAAUUUGGUUUGACAAUAUCAAACAAUAUGAUGGAAGUUAGGGGUCGUGUUCUACCUCCACCCAAACUUCAGUAUGGAGGGCGCGUAAGUUCCCUCAGUGGACAGACAAAACAACAAGCUAUACCUAAUGGUGGUGUUUGGGAUAUGCGUGGAAAACAAUUUUUCACGGGUGUGGAAAUUAGAGUUUGGGCAAUUGCUUGUUUUGCUCCACAAAGAACUGUACGAGAUGACGCAAUACGUAAUUUUAUAGCACAAUUACAAAGAAUAAGCAAUGAUGCUGGGAUGCCAAUUAUUGGGCAACCAUGUUUUUGUAAAUAUGCUACUGGGCCAGAUCAAGUAGAGCCCAUGUUUAGAUAUUUAAAAGCAACAUUUUCAUCAUUACAACUUGUUUGUGUUAUAUUACCUGGAAAAACGCCUGUAUAUGCUGAAGUUAAAAGAGUAGGAGAUACAUUAUUGGGUAUGGCAACACAAUGUGUACAAGCAAAAAAUGUUAAUAAAACAUCACCACAAACGCUGUCAAAUUUAUGUUUGAAAAUUAAUGUAAAAUUAGGUGGUAUUAAUAGUAUUCUAGUACCUACUAUUAGACCAAAAGUAUUUGAUGAACCUGUUAUAUUUUUUGGAGCUGAUGUGACUCAUCCACCUGCUGGAGAUAAUAAAAAACCUAGCAUAGCUGCAGUAGUUGCCAGUAUGGAUGCACAUCCAUCUCGAUAUGCAGCUACUGUUAGAGUUCAACAACAUAGACAAGAAAUUAUUCAGGAACUUAGUUCAAUGGUGAGGGAACUUCUUCUUAUGUUUUACAAAAGCACUGGAGGAUAUAAACCACUCAGGAUAAUUCUUUAUCGUGAUGGUGUCUCAGAAGGCCAAUUUCUUCAUGUUCUGCAACACGAGCUAACUGCCAUUCGUGAAGCUUGUAUUAAACUUGAAGCUGAAUAUAGACCUGGAAUAACAUUCGUUGUCGUCCAAAAGAGACAUCACACUCGCUUAUUUUGUUCAGAAAAAAGAGAUCAAAGCGGUAAAAGUGGAAAUAUACCAGCGGGUACGACAGUUGAUGUUUGUAUAACGCAUCCAACUGAAUUUGAUUUUUAUUUAUGUAGUCAUCAAGGUAUCCAGGGCACGUCACGACCAUCACAUUAUCAUGUUUUGUGGGAUGAUAAUCGUUUUGAAAGUGAUGAAUUACAGUCUCUAACUUAUCAAUUAUGUCAUACAUAUGUCAGAUGUACGAGAUCUGUUAGUAUACCUGCACCUGCAUAUUAUGCUCAUCUCGUAGCAUUCCGAGCCAGAUAUCAUUUGGUAGAAAAAGAGCAUGAUAGUGGAGAAGGAUCUCAUCAAUCUGGCUGCAGUGAAGAUAGAACACCAGGUGCAAUGGCAAGAGCUAUCACAGUUCAUGCAAAUACAAAGCGGGUUAUGUACUUUGCAUAAUUCUCUUUUGAAUUUUUCUUAUACACAUGCAAUUGAUACAAAAAAUAUUAAUCAUCAUAUCUUAUGGGGAUAUUUCUAAACUAUUUAAAUAUUAGACAAUCUUCUUGAGUGGUCAAUUUUUUUUUGCUUAUUUUUAUAAUCAAAUAUGUCGAAAAUAUAUCUAAAAUAUGUCAAAUAAUUUUUUAUUAAGCUUGGUUUUUUCUUUUUUUAUGUUCUAUUUAAUAUAUUAUCAAUUAGGUUUUAGGCAAAUUUUCUAACAUUUUAGUAAGUAGGUAUUAAAAGAGGUGCUUUUAGUUAAUCAUGUUUUAGAUUGAUGCAGCUUGACCGGUGUGUCGUUUUGCGAUAAAGAUCACACGAAUAAAUAAUAUAAGAAAUCAGCUGCCGUGGAUAUUACGCUUAUUUCUUUUUUUUAGAGGUUAAAUUUCCUCUAGCAUUUGUAGAAUACAAAAAUAUCACAUUAAAACAUAAAUUCAUGAUUGUAUAAAUCGCUUUGCAAGACUGUUAUCUUGUUGUUUAUAUGUAAUUAUAUCAUUUGAUCAGUCAUUUUUUAUAUAUAUAUAUAUAAAAAAAAGAAAAAAAAAAAGAAAAAAAAAAUUAGAUUUCCAAGUCAUAUAAGGAUAAAAUAUUAGCAUGUAUAGCCUAUCUUCAUGCUUAGCAUAUUUGUUAUUAUGCAACUAUGAUUCUAUCUUAUGACACUAUGAUUCUUUAUAAAUAUCAUAUCUUUUAUGUCUAUCAUAUUUAUCAUAAGCAUUAAAAAAUUUGGCCACAUCAAGUAAUGAAUUGCCAAUCAAGAAAAUAUAUCUAAUUUAAUAUUAUAAAUUGAAAAUCCAGAAGUGUUGUUUUAUUCUAUUUGAUUUAGUUGCACAGGUACUAUUUUUUGCAUGUGGAACAAGAAUUAUGAUGUAGCUUGAACUGUGGUACUUUAUUCAUAUCAACUAUACAUUAACAUAACAUUUUGACAAAGGUAAAUGAAUAUAUACCUUUUAUCUGGUGUUUCAAAUACGCAACAUUAUCUCUUCAGGCAAAACAAGUACUUUUAAGUGAAAUGUUUAUGGCAUUAGAUUCGGGUUGAUAACUAACGCCCCAUUAACGCAGAAAAUAAUU